UCCCGACCCGGAGUGGGUGUGGCAUGCGUUAAAAUUAAACAUCAGUGACCGAACGAAGCUUAUAAAAUAGCUUGGGAGAAGCCAGUCAACAAGACCACACAUCUUAAAUUGGAUGAGUUUGCAUGUGGAAACUGCCUUCAUCUUGACAGAAAAGGUUCCAUCCAGAGCCCCAAGAUGAUGACUGCGCUGCUGCUGUUUUCUGCUCUGGCCAGCCUCUUCAGUGCCGCAGACGGACAAGCCUUUCACCUUGGGAAAUGCCCGACUCCUCCAGUCCAGGAGAAUUUUGACGUGCACAAGUAUCUUGGACGAUGGUAUGAAAUUGAGAAGAUCCCAGUGAGCUUUGAGAAGGGAAGUUGCAUCCAAGCCAACUACUCGCUAAUGGAAAACGGAAACAUCAAAGUGAUAAACCAGGAGUUGAGACCGGAUGGAACUGUGAAUCAAAUUGAAGGCGAAGCCACCCAGGCCAACCUCACAGAGCCUGCCAAGCUGGGAGUUAAGUUUUUCUGGUUGAUGCCAUCUGCUCCAUACUGGGUCCUGGCCACCGACUAUGAGAACUACGCCCUCGUGUACUCCUGUACCACAAUCGUCUGGCUUUUUCACAUGGAUCAUGUUUGGAUCUUGGGAAGAAACCCUUAUCUCCCUCCAGAAACAGUGACCUAUCUAAAAGAUAUCUUGACUUCUAAUGAAAUUGACAUAGAAAAAAUGACUAUCACAGAUCAGGUGAACUGCCCUGAGCCACUGUAAGAGGCUCUAAAGGGAACCUGCCUUCACUCAAUGUUACUUCUUUUGCUUUGCUUCCCCCAACCCCACCCUUCAUAAAGACAAACCAACCACGGCAACAUUGCAAACACCAGAGGGGAAAUUUGAAAGCAGAAGCCUGUGGAGAGAAAGUCAAGGAACGCUGGCCCAAACACUUAGCCAUGUACCAUGUUACCUUGCCAGUCUAAUAAUAAACUUGUUGCUGACUUGCUGUGCUCACAGUA